AUGAAGCUCUUAAAUAUAGUGUCUUGGAUAGGAUGUCGUUACACCCUGAGUCUGAUAUCGUCGGUAGCAGGAACAGCGACAGUGCCAGCGAACAACACAACAUGUUCAAGCGACGCAAUCCCCUUCCCUUCGUUAUUUGGCGCUGAAAUCCUCUCCCUCUCCGCCUCCCCCUUCACCAAUUUCUCAACCUCCCUCCCCCAAGCAGACCAACACUUCGCGCUAAACAUCACAGGUCUCGAUUUCUGCAACGUGUCAGUCCAAUACACCCACCCGGGUUGGAACGACCGCAUUAACGUCCAACUCUGGCUCCCCCUCAGCAGCAGCCAGUGGAAUGAACGCUUCAUGGGGACCGGCGGCGCGGCAUAUGCCAGCGAGCUCGGCGUGCUGUCGCUGCCUUAUGCCGUUUCACUGGGCUAUUCCGCUGUUGCCACUGACGGGGGCCACCCAUCGGUGUAUUUCGAUCCCUCGUCCUGGGCGCUCUCCAGCCCGGGCAACGUCAAUUGGUUUCUGCUGCAGGAUUUCGCCGCCGUCGCACUGGACGAUGCUGCCACCAUCGGCUCGCCGCCGAGACAUUCGUAUUGGAAUGGAUGCUCGGAGGGUGGUCGGCAGGGGCUCAUGAUGGCGCAGCGAUAUCCGACGCAGUAUGAUGGCAUCAUUGCUGCGGCACCAGCGAUCAAUUGGGAGAAAGUUCUUGUUGCCGGGUAUUGGCCUCAGCUGGUCAUGAAUCAAUUAGGCGUAUACCCAUCAGAAUGUGAGUUUGAAGCCAUCACCGCGGCUGCAAUAGCGGCUUGCGAUGGAUUAGACGGAGUCGAGGACGGCAUUAUCGCCGCCCCCGGCCUCUGCCAGUUCGAUCCCUACACGUUGGUCGGGCAACCCUUCAACCACGCCGAAGCGGCUGCCGUCGCACUCGCCGCCUGGACAGGCUCACGCUCCGUCUCCGGCGAAUUCCAAUGGUAUGGCCUAAACCAAGACGCGCCGCUGAACGUCCUAGCCCCAACCUCCUGCAUCCUACCCGGUCGCCCAUGCCCCUCCGACUUCGCCCCAUUCUACCAGCUCUUCAACACCUGGCUCACCUACUUCGUGGCCAAAAACCCCGUCUUCAACGUCACCAACGUGACCUACCGCGACUACGACACCCUGUUCCGCCAAUCCACCAACCAAUACGCCUCCAUCCUCGGCACCGCCGACGCAGACCUUACCGACUUCCGCGCAUCUGGCGCCAAGUUGAUCGCCUGGCACGCCCUGGCUGAUCCGCUGCUCCCCGCCAACGGCACGAUCGAGUACUAUGAACGCGUGCUGGAGCGCGAUCCGCGCGCGACGGACUAUUUCCGCUUUUUCGCCGCGCCGGGCGGAGGGCAUUGUGGGGGUGGGGUGGGUUAUUACCCCCACAGCGGGUUGCAGGCGUUGGUCGAUUGGGUGGAGAGCGGGAUCGCGCCGGAGACGUUGCUGGGAAGGACACUGCCAGACGAUGAGGGCAAGAUCAGGGAGGCGCCGCUGUGUCCCUAUCCGCUGGUGGCGGCGUAUCAAGGUGGGGAUGUUGAUGUGGCGGGGUCAUUUUGGUGUCAAGAAUCCUUUUUAAGGUGA